AUGGCAUUUGCUGUAAAAAAGAUAAAUGAAAACACUCAAAUCCUGUCUAAUAUCACCUUCGGCUUCCGCAUCUAUGACAGUUAUUUCUAUGCACAGAGGACGUACAAUGUCACAAUGCUUCUUACUUCCACCAUGGAGAAUUUUGUCCCCAACUACAACUGUGACACUAAGAAUAAUCUGAUGGCAGUGAUUGGGGGGCUAGACUCUGAAACCUCCCUUCAGGUGGCGACAAUUUUGGCUGUUUACAAGAUUCCACAGCUUAUAUAUGGCUCUACUCCAAUGAUAACUGACAAAUCCCCAGGAUUUUCUCCCUAUAAGAUGUUUCCUCAGGAAAACCUUCAGUAUAAAGGGAUUCUCUCCUUGCUGCUGCAUUACAGAUGGACAUGGAUUGGCAUCCUUAUUAUGGAUACUGACAGCGGAGAAAGAUUUAUACAAGCUACAUUUCCAGCAUUUUCCAUGCACAGAAUCUGUGUGGCAUUCAUAGAGAGGAUUCCUAUGCUAAGAAAUGAUGCAGAAAUGUAUGACAAUGUAAAAGUUGUGGGAAGAAUGCAUUAUAAAAUAAUGGAUAGCAAAGCCAAUGUGUUGGUGGUAUAUGGAGAAUCAUACUCCUUUGAAUGCGUAACAUGGUUAUCAUAUAUAUCAGAAGGAGAACGUAUCUCAGAUAAACCACUAGGAAAGGUGUUCAUAAUGGCAGCUCAAGUGGAAUUCUCUUCAUUUUCCUUUCAAAAGGCUAAGGAUGCAGAAAUGUUCCAUGGGGCUCUAUCCUUUACGAUCCACUCCAAAGAUCCGCCAGGGUUUUCGUCAUUUAUUGAAAGUAGAAAACCUCCCAACAUAAAAGGAGAUGGUUUUCUCAGGGACUUCUGGCAGCACUCCUUUGGAUGUGCAUUCCCAGAUAUAGUUGAUGGAGAGAUGGAUGGGAAUGUUUGUACAGGUGAGGAAGAGCUGGAAAACCUUCCCAAGUCUGUCUUUGAGAUAAGCAUGAGUGGCUAUAGUUACAACAUAUACAAUUCUGUCUAUGCUGUGGCUCUUGCUUUAGAUGCGAUGUUGUCUUCUAGACUCAAGCACAGGGAAAAAAUCAGUGGAAGCGGAUUGAACCUCCAGAAUAAACAGCAAUGGAAGCUACAUAACUUCUUGAGAAGUAUAUCAUUUAACAAUAGUGUUGGGGACAAGAUUUCCUUUGAUGAGGAAGGGCAGCUAAUAGCUGGAUUUGAUGUUCUCCACUGGAUCAUUUCCUCGAACCAAUCACUUCAUGGGGUAAAAGUUGGGAGAAUGGAUCCUGAAGCUCCUCCAGGUGAAGCAUUCUCUAUUGAUGAAGAUGCCAUAACAAGGCACAGCUGGUUUAAGCAGACCCCACCAUCUUCUGUAUGUAGUGACAGUUGUUACCCUGGUUUUAGCAAGAAAAUUAAGGAAGGGGAACCUUUUUGCUGCUAUGAUUGCAUCCCGUGUCCAGAAGGAACUAUUUCAAAUCAGACAGACGUGAAUGAAUGCUAUAAAUGCACAGACGAAACUUAUUCAAACCAAAAACAGGACUUAUGUAUUCCCAAAUAUGUAAACUUUUUGUCUUACGAAGAUCCUUUUGGGCUCAGUUUAGCAUGUUUUGCUCUAUUCUUUACUUUGAUUACAGGUAUGGUGCUGGGAAUAUUCCUGAAGCACCACAAUACUCCCAUCGUCAAAGCCAACAACCGGAACCUCACCUACACACUCCUUUUUUCCCUUCUGCUCUGCUUCCUUUCUGCAUUACUGGGUAUUGGUCGCCCACAGAUGGUGACAUGUCUCCUCCGACAGAUUGCCUUUGGCAUCAUCUUCACAGUGGCUCUUUCCUGUGUGUUGGCAAAAACCAUUACGGUUGUGCUGGCUUUCAUGGCCACCAAACCGGGAUACAAGAUGAAGAAGUGGAUGGGGAAGAAACUGGCCAACACCAUAGUUCUUUGCUCUUUCCUUAUUCAGGCCAUCAUUCAUAUUGUGUGGCUUGCAAGCUCUCCUCCCUUUCCGGAUGCCGACACCCAUUCAGUGGCUGAAGAAAUAAUACUGGAAUGUAAUGAAGGGUCUGUGAUUCUGUAUUACUCUGUUCUGGGCUAUAUGGGCUUCCUGGCCACUGCCAGUUUAACAAUAGCUUUUCUGGCUAGAAAGCUCCCUGACAGUUUCAAUGAAGCCAAGUUCAUCUCUUUCAGCAUGUUGGUCUUCUGUAGUGUGUGGUUGUCCUUUAUUCCAACCGCUUUCAGCACCAAAGGGAAAUACAUGGUUGUUGUUGGGACCUUUUCUGUCUUAGCCUCAAGUGCUGGACUGCUGGGUUGCAUCUUCUUUCCCAAAUGCUACAUUAUUGUGUUGAGGCCAGAGCUGAACAGCAGGGAACAAAUAAUAAAGAAAAAAUACUGA